UGCCAGGAUUCAGCCCAAUCGUCAACCACCCUGCCUGAGAUUUGCUGUGGCAGAGCGCUGCCAUCUCCGGCGUCGUUUUCGUCGUCUCGAAACUUUCCCAAUUAAGAGUGUUUAAAAAAGCCCCCUUUACAAUGACCCUGCGAGAUUUGAAUCAAUUAGACAGGAUGCCGAGUCCGACCAAGGAAACCCAGUCUCCGCUAGGCCCUCUUUCCUCGGCGAUGCAACUCCACCCCCCGAGCUCUCCGGGCCCUCAACGAACACUCAGGAGAUUGCAGUCGGCUCACAGCCUGGGAGCGAAGGCUGCAGCCCAACCGUCGCUCAUUUCUCAGCAGAGACUCCAACUCCAACCGCAGCAACAGCCCCAGGUCCAGUUCCAGAAUUUGAACCAGCACCUCCAACGGUACCCUCCUGCCCCGGCGAGAAGACAUGUGAGCACCAACCGCUCGCCACAGAGAGGACGCUCCAACAGCGACGCACCACCGAUCCCCAACGCCGCCCAGUUCAGUACCGCGAACAUGACGGCAGCAACGGCGACGCGCCGUUCUGCGCUCGGCAGGCGGUCCCUCGCGGCCGACGCCAUGACUUUGGAAAGGCUCCUGCGGGAAGGACCCCCCAAUGGCGACGUGGCGGGUGCCCUCGAGAGCACGCGACUCAAGAUCCUCGACCAGGGCAUCAGGUCUGACGGCGAUGGCAUGUCUUCCCUCCGUAUAUACGUUUGGCUCAUCCUCCUGAACGCGCCCAUGCUCGAAACCGACAGUUACCUUUCCCUCAUCCACCGUGGCGCGUCCCCCGCCUAUUCGAAGAUCCGCAACGAUACCUUCCGCACUCUAUCCACCGACCCACUCUUCCGACGCCGUGUGAGCGAGGCGAGCCUCAUCCGCCUGCUCAAUGCCUUCGCCUGGACACUACAUGAUGCUCGCGAGGGGCGAACGCGCGACCCGAGCGUGGCUAGCAGUUCGCGUCAAUCGCUCGACCAAUCCAGUAGCCGACCGGGAACGGGCUACAGCAGCGAUUUCGGAAGCCCAGCCUCCUCUCCAGCAGCCAAGAGAGCGCGUGCCCUAACACUGACGACCGAGGGCUCCGUCACCAGCGUGACGGCCGAACCGGGCACCUAUGUCCAGGGCAUGAACGUUUUGGCAGCCCCCUUCCUGUACGCCGCCCGCAGCGAGGCCGAGGCAUAUGUCGCUUUCCAUCAGCUCUUGACCAAGGAGUGCCCGGGAUACAUCCGCGGUGCUAUGGACGGUGUGCACAAAGGGCUGGCGUUGGUCGACAAGGUGCUAGCCAUCGUCGAUCCUAAGCUCAGCCUGCACUUGCUUUCUAAAAACCUGUCGGCCGAGAUCUACGCCUUCCCCUCCGUUCUGACGCUAUGCGCCUGCACGCCUCCGUUGCCCGAGGUCCUGAGGCUCUGGGACUUUCUCUUUGCGUACGGGCCGCAUCUUAAUAUCCUUUGCAUAGUUGCGCAGCUGGUUAUGAUUCGCACCAAGAUCAUGGAAUCGCCUAGCCCCAACAAGCUCCUCCGAUCAUUCCCAGCGCUCCAGGCCGACCAGAUCAAGGCCACGACGCUCGCCGUAAUAAAAAUGAUACCCGACGAUGUCUACGCCGAAAUUGUUGCUCAUGCCCGGUAAAGCAAGCCAUGCGACCUUUUGCCAACGCGACAACAUCCGACGGCGGACGGUCUAGCGGGAACGAAUUUUGAAUACCAGUCCCUUUGACCAUGCCCGUCUGGCCUAAUACUAAUACACGUACCGCCCUGGAAAUGAAUUCCCCAGCGGCACCUCUAUAAGUCGCCGAGCCGCGAUUGACGUGCCGGCGUACUGGGGGGCUCGACCAGCAACGAGACCAAGCGAUCCAGGACCGCGAUAUCCCGCUGGCCCAGUCUCAGGAUCAACCCAUUGUGCACGCCUGGUCUUCCGGCUGCUUCCACGGGAGCAACCCCUAGGCUUAAGGACCUUGGUGGUGAUCACUCAAGAUCCGCGCCAGGG